CGUAAGGUUCAAUGACAAGGUGACCGAAGGGUUAAGAGAUUGGGCGUCUGAGCCUCGCGGGGCCUCAGUGGUGGCGGGCAGAGAUUUGCGGGAGUCAGUGGCACGGUCUCUGAAGAAGAUAGAUUGGGAGUGUGUGGGAAUCAAUAAACGCGGGUUCUGUGAAAUGUCUUGAUUUGCAGGGUGCAUAGUGGUCAGUUGUAAUGGUCUUCAUGGGUCUGGGGUCAAGUGGGAUUUUUCAGACACAGGUUUGGAGAGCUUUAGGGUUAAUGACCGAAGCCCGAGAGGAUCAGUGAUCGGAAGUUCUAAGUUCUGUGGGCAGUAAUACUUUGGGUACUAGAAUUGGUGACUGUGGAAACUUUGGUGUCCAUUUAUGAGGGGGGUCAGUGGUGAUUAAUGUUUGGAGAAAUGUUUUGGGUCAUCGGUGAUUGAGACGUCCUUCAUAUUAUGGGUGGAGGAUCGGAGAGUAUUAAUGAUUGGACUUUUGUAGAUCAGGGAAUGGAGAAUAGAGUCAAGUGUGCUUAUCUUAAAGGUUCUUUCUGGCAAAGGUAACGACCUAUGCAUCCGUGACAGCAUCCCACGAGUGAGCCUGGUUUCUGGCAAUCCAUUCUGACUCUGUGACAGCUGGGAUAGAUGUGACCUUGUUUGUGGUUGGAAAACAAAUUUACUGGGUGAGGAAACAGGCCUAGAGAGGCAAAGUGUCAGGCCUAGAGAGGCAAAGUGUCUGGCCUAGAUUCCCUCAGUCAGAAGAAUUACUUGGCCUCUAGCUUGUAUCUGAGUCAUUCCCUGGCUGAGGGAAUGACUCAGACACAAGGGUCUUUGUGGAAGUUCCCCCUGCCCCAGUCCCAGAGCGGAGCCAUUACUCAGGUUUUCUGGGUGCCCUUCAGACCUUUGGCUCCUGCCACCUUGCUGCAUGGUAGGGCUCUCUAGCUCCUGCCAGCAGAGCCACAGGACCUUGGUCACAACAUCUACAGGAGGCCCUGCCAAGCCCUGCAGGUUCCAAUCCAGGAUCAUAUGCUGCCUUUAGGUGACACAUCCCUUUAGUCUCGUUUAAUCAAGAGCAGUUUCUCAGUCUUCGUCUUCCAUGAGGUCGACAUUUUUGAAGAGUAUAGGUGUUGGAUCUUUUUCCAAGAACAGCAGAAAAUGAUCAACUACCAGACACCUGUGUCAUUCAAAGAUGUGGUUGUGGGCUUCACCCAAGAGGAGUGGCACCAGCUGAAUCCUACUCAGAGGGCUCUGUAUCGGGAUGUGAUGCUGGAAACCUAUAGCAACCUCGUCUCAGUGGGUUAUGAAGGCACCAAACCAGAUGUGAUCCUCAGGCUGGAGCAGGAAGAAGCACCAUGGAUUGGUGAGGCAGCAUGCCUGGGCUGCCACUGUUGGGAAGACACCUGGCAAGUUAAUAUCCAGAGGAAAAGACAGCAAGACAUGAUUUUGAGGCAAGGUGCAGCCAUAAGCAAGAAAACACUGGCCAAGGAAAAAAGCCGUGACUAUAGUAAGUUUGGGAGAAUAUCGCUUCUGAGCUCUGAUCUUUUUUCUUCAAUCCAGAGCCCUAAUAACUGGAACCCUCGUGGAAAGAAUUUGAGCCAUAAUUUAGACUUCACUGGUUUUAAGAGAAACUGUGCAAAAAAGCAAGAUGAGUGUUAUGGUUAUGGGAAAUUGCUUCAGUGUAUAAAUCAUGGUAGACGACCUAAUGGAGAGAAGCCCUGGGGAUGCAGUCAUUGUGAGAAAGCUUUCACCCAGAACCCAGCACUUAUGUACAAACCAACAGUAAGUGAUUCUCUCGUGUACAAACGGAAGAGGGUUCCACCUACAGAAAAACCCCACGUCUGUAGUGAGUGUGGGAAAGCCUUCUGCUACAAGUCUGAAUUCAUUAGGCAUCAGAGAAGUCACACUGGGGAAAAGCCUUAUGGGUGCACUGACUGUGGGAAAGCCUUUUCACAUAAGUCAACCCUCAUCAAACACCAGAGGAUUCACACUGGGGUAAGACCCUUUGAAUGCUUUUUCUGUGGGAAAGCCUUCACCCAGAAGUCACACCGCACAGAACAUCAGAGAACACAUACAGGAGAGAGACCCUUCAUGUGUAGUGAAUGCGGGAAAUCAUUUGGUGAGAAGUCAUACCUCAACGUACAUCGAAAAAUGCACACAGGAGAAAGACCCUAUCGUUGCAGAGAAUGUGGAAAAUCCUUCAGCCAGAAGUCAUGCCUCAAUAAACAUUGGAGAACCCACACGGGAGAGAAGCCCUAUGAGUGCAAUGAAUGUGGGAAAGCUUUCUACCAGAAGCCAAACCUCAGUAGACAUCAGAAAAUUCAUGCUAGGAAGAAUGCCUACAGGAAUGAAAACUUAGUAAUUGUAGGAAAUCCUUGAGCAAAAUAUCUAGUUUCAUUGUAUGAAGGGAAUUUAUCCUAAGGAGAAAUCUUACCAUUUUAAUAAAUUUUCACAGUGUUUUAUUAUCAUGGAAUCAUGAUCUAAUUGUAACACAGACUUUUCUAGAAAAUACUUUAUAAAACAUAAGCAUGGUCACCCUGGCAUGUAAAUGAUUAAAAAUGUAUUAAAUGGAAUAACAACAGAAUACAAAACAUCUGUGAAGAGACUUAAAGGCACACUAUGACAUAUUCCACAGUGAGCCAUACAAUCAGCACUAUUUUUAUUUUGGAAUUGUAAAUAUGAAUUUAACAUAAAAUGUGAAUAUCACACACAUGUCACAUAAUAUAUAGAAUGCCAUUCACAAAACUUUUUCACUUUAAGUAUCAUCUUUGCCUUUUGAUGUCUUAACAAUACAAAAAAAUAACAAUAAUGACAUGGCCCACUAUUAUUUUAAAAAAACUUUAAUAUACCAGCUACAUUUUCCCACCUUUUUGUAAUGCAUGUAAAUGGCUAUAGAGGUUGUUAUUGUCCUCUGCAGAAUAAUAAAGCAGUGUUUUUUAAAUGUAUUUUGAUAAGUUGGCCAAAAACUUUACUAAAAUAUAGUUAUUCAUAUUGAAAACACAAAGCUAAGGAAUAGUAUAAAAACCUGAUGUUGGGUAAAUGAAACACUGUAAACUUGACAGCCCAGCACACUCACUAUUUGAUGAAAUGUAGCAUCAUCCUGGUUUAUAGUACACUGUUCAUAUUUUCUUGGUCUUGCUGAAAAUGUCUUGCAGCAAAUUAGUAGCAUAGAAACGCUAUUCUAUACAGGUUGUAAAACUCAGAAAUGUUUCAUGCAUAGACCACUGAAGGAGAAUUUCUUUUCUUGGUCUCUUUGCAAAUUAAAUCAAGAACAUUUUUUUUCAUAUAAAUUUCCUUGCAAGUGUCCUGGACACUAAAUCUCAAUGUUUUUACUAUUUCAAUGUUUGAAAAGAAGUGUGCGUCCCUGAGUUGCCAUGUCAUCCAUAUAAGAAAAUAAAUGGCCACAUGGAA